AUGAAACUUAAACUAGACGUACGUGCCAUUUUCUUGCUUCCUGUGUACUUCUUAAUAUCUGUGUACAGUGCCCUUGUAUUUAUUCCAUGGUAUUUUCUUACCAAUGCUAAGAAGAAAAAGGCUAUGGCAAAACGCUUAAAAGCUAAACCCAUCUCGGACAAGCCUGGAAGUCCGUACCGUUCUGUUACUCAUCUUGAGUCACUAGCAACCAUAGACAUUCCCGGAGCAGACACUUUGGACAAGUUGUUUGACCAUGCUGUAGCAAAGUUUGGGAAGAAGGACUGCCUUGGGACCAGAGAAAUAUUGAGUGAAGAGAAUGAAAUGCAACCUAAUGGAAAAGUAUUUAAAAAGUUAAUCCUAGGAAACUAUAGAUGGUUAAACUAUGAAGAAGUUAACCAGAGAGUGGAUCAUUUAGGGAGAGGACUAGCUGCACAAGGACUACAGCCAAAAAGUACCAUUGCCAUAUUCUGUGAGACCCGAGCGGAGUGGAUGAUUGCAGCACAAACCUGCUUCAAAUACAACUUUCCUCUUGUUACUUUAUAUGCCACCCUUGGUGAAGAGGCAGUAACCUAUGGUCUGAAUGAAUCUGGAGCAUCAUAUCUAAUCACCAGUGUAGAACUUCUAGAGAGUAAACUUAAAACUGCAUUGUCAGAAAUCCCCUGUCUCAAACAUAUCAUUUAUGUGGAUAAGAAGACUAUCAAUAAAUCUGAAUACCCUGAAGGACUAGAGAUUCAUAGUAUGCAGACAGUAGAAGAAUUAGGAGCCAAACCAGAAAAUUUAGACAUCCCUCCAAGCAAACCUGUUCCCACAGACCUGGCUUUAGUAAUGUAUACUAGUGGGUCUACUGGGAGACCUAAAGGAGUGAUGAUGAUGCAUAAGAACUUGAUAGCUGGAAUGACAGGCCAGUGUGAGAGAAUACCUGGACUAGGACCCAAGGACACUUAUGUUGGCUACUUGCCUCUGGCUCAUGUAUUAGAAUUGACAGCAGAAAUGUCCUGCGUUACCUAUGGCUGCAGGAUUGGAUACUCCUCUCCACUCACUCUAUCGGACCAGUCAAGUAAAAUUAAGAAGGGAAGCAAAGGAGACUGUACUGUACUGAAGCCCACACUCAUAGCGGCUGUGCCUGAAAUAAUGGACCGAAUUUAUAAGAAUGUCAUGAGUAAAGUCCAAGAGAUGAACUAUAUUCAGAGAACUCUGUUCAAGAUAGGCUAUGACUAUAAACUGGAACAGAUCAAAAGGGGGUAUGAUGCACCUCUGUGUAAUAUACUGCUGUUUAAAAAGGUAAAAGCAUUGCUAGGAGGAAAUGUGCGUAUGAUGCUUUCUGGAGGAGCACCCCUUUCGCCUCAGACACAAAGGUUCAUGAACAUCUGUUUCUGCUGUCCUGUUGGCCAGGGUUAUGGAUUAACAGAAACCUGUGGAGCUGGAACAAUUACUGAAGUUUCUGACUAUAGCACUGGCAGAGUUGGGGCUCCUCUUAUUUGCUGUGAGAUUAAAUUGAGAGACUGGAAAGAAGGGGGCUACACUUGCAGAGACAAGCCUAAUCCUAGAGGAGAGAUUAUAAUAGGUGGACCUAAUGUCUCUAUGGGAUACUUUAAAAAUGAAGAAAAGACAGAAGAUUUCUCCGUGGAUGAAAAUGGCCAGAGAUGGUUUUGUACUGGAGAUAUUGGAGAAUUUCAUCCUGAUGGGUGUCUGCAGAUCAUAGAUCGAAAAAAAGAUUUGGUGAAGUUGCAAGCAGGAGAAUAUGUAUCUCUGGGUAAAGUAGAGGCAGCACUGAAGAACUGUCCACUUAUUGACAAUAUCUGUGCUUAUGCCAAAAGUGAUCAGUCUUAUGUGAUCAGUUUUGUGGUUCCUAAUCAGAAGAAGCUGACUGUAUUAGCUGAACAGAAAGGUGUCAAGGGAACUUGGGUGGAAAUCUGUAACAAUCCUAUCAUGGAAGCUGAGAUAUUGAAAGAGAUUAAAGAGGUGGCAGAUAAGAUGAAAUUAGAGAGAUUUGAAAUACCAAUCAAAGUACGGUUAAGCCCUGAACCAUGGACCCCAGAGACUGGUCUAGUAACUGAUGCUUUCAAAUUGAAAAGGAAGGAAUUAAAGAACCAUUACCUCAAUGAUAUCGAGCGAAUGUAUGGAGGCAAAUAA